ACACAUCCAGAGAAGUUAAAACCCCUCCUCUUCCCUUCAUCCAUCAGUGUUUUUCCCCGACGCCUCCACAACAGCACUGACAGGAAGCAACACUGAAGCUCCAGAUUUAAAAGGCCUCCUCUCCUUACCUAAGCCAGUGUUGUUUCCUGUCCCCGGAGAGCGCAGAAGCUCCUGCUCUGGCUGGUAUGCCAAAAUAUUUAUCGCACGGCCUUACUGUUUCCCCAGGAUUGGGAGGGCCGAUGCAGAGGUCGGGGGCUCCGGGGACACUGCCUCCCUUCUCCGUCCUUAGGCAUAAGCCCUUCAAAAUGAAGGCAGCCCUGGGCUUUUACUUCUGCAGAGGUUGUGGAUCCGACGCGGCAGGCGGGGCCUUCUCAGGGGCGGAGGAGGCUCCCGGCGGAGUGGGACGUCAGUGCACAGUGACAUCGGCACGUCAUGUGAGCACACACCCAGGCGUCCCUGCGCCCGUAAGGGGAUAUUAAAGAAGAUGGCCACAGCAGAGUCUGGUGGCGUUUCCCUGCUGCAGCAUGUCGGCUCUUCAGGACGCAGACUCUGCCUGCAAGCCUGUGGAUCCUGGUUCAAGCGCCAUCAGCCCAGUAAGCCUUCUCUCCUGCAAACUUGGGCAGAUAUUUUUUCUGGUGUGAGGCUCUUUUCUCAUGCACUCAUAGGGUGUCUGGUGCUGGAGGUUUAAAAAUAAUUUUUUGCUAGCCCCUUUUUUAAAUAAUCUUGAUUAUUUUAGGACAGAGUAACCUCCACCUCCAAGACACCAGGGGGAGAUUCAGGACGCAAAAAGUGCGCCAUAUGCAGGAAAUCCUUUAUAUCUAAAUCCAAGAAGUCACUAUGUGUGAAGUGCACAGAAAAAGUGUCAGAAGAAUUAUGAUUAGAGAGGAAGUAAAUGCGGUGGUGGAAUCAAGAUUGCCUCCAUUGUCUCCACAAUCCUCCACCUCUCAAAAAUUCCACAAUAUGGAUUUGAUGUAGAUGAGGGAGAAAUCCUUAAUGACAGCUCUGACUCCUCGGAAGUCUUCUAAAAACCAUAUGGAGAGCUCCUGAGAAAAGAGCGAAUGUCACAAGCUCUUUUAAGAGAAAAUAUCCUUUUGCGGAUUCUGAUUCAAAUCUUUGGGAUAAGACUCCAAAGAUCGAUGCACCUGUAGCCAGCAUUUUAAAGAUAACCUCCCUUCCGUUUGAGGACAUGGGGCUGCUACGUGACCCCAUGCACAAAAAAUACGAAAGCUUACUUUAAAAGGCAUGGCAGACAAAUACCGCUAUGUUUAGGCCCAGUAUUUCUUCCACAUGCACGGCUAGGUCCUUGUCAGUAUGGCUGGGUCAAUUAGAGGAUCAUCUGGCAGCAGGAACCUCUAGGGAGGAAAUUUUGGCAUCUUUACCAAGGUUGAAACAAGCAUCUAAAAACUGCCAGGGGAUCGACUUUUUGGAUCAGUCCUUGACAUUUUGGAGAAGGCUUAUGAUAAGAAAAAAGGAUUCCCUACAGAGAGCAGAUUUUUUCAUCAGAGGCGGUCCUUUCAGAAUCAAAAGAACAAGCGGAAGACAGACCGGAAGAGAAGAGAUUACUCAGGAAGGUGGCAGACCUCAAGAGGGAGAGAGAAAGGAUUUCUCUUCAAUUCGGACAAUCCUGCAAAAUCCUCUCAAUUACGCCAGAUAUCAAGUUGGAGCAAGAUUAAUUUUUUUUAUUCCAGAAUGGAAAGAAAUAGGAACCUCCCCAUGGGUUCUGGCUUCCAUUCAAAGAGGCUUCAGUCUAGAAUUGGAUACCUGUCCAACAGAUUAUUUUAUAAUCAACAAGCCGUUGCCUCAGAGGGAAAAGCAACUGUCCCUGGAGUCAGAAAUCUACAUUCUUCUCCAGAAAAAGGUAUUACUUCCAGUCCCAGAAGAUCAACUCAAAAAGGGUUUAUAUUUUUCAGUGUUUCUGAUAAAAAAAAACGGAGGGAUCAUUCGGGCUCAUUAUAAAUCUAAAGAGAUAAAACAAAUGCCUAACCCACAAGAAAUUCAAAAUAGAAACCAUCAAAUCGACCAUAAACCUCCUUCUCCAGAACUGCUAUAUGGUAACUAUGUAUUUACAGGAUGCUUAUUAUCAUGUGCCCAUCCUCAGAAAACACCAGAAGUAUUUGAGAAUUGCCACCUACAGUACAUAGGAAGUCGCCUUUGUCACUUUCAAUUCCAAGCUUUACCCUUUGGUCUCUCUUCUGCUCCAAGGAUCUUCUCAGGAUAAUAAAUCUCAAAAAGUCUGAUUUCAUCCCAAGUCAACAAAAAGUCUUCUUAGGCGUUCUUCUAGAUUCACGUCUGCUGAUGUCUUCUCUCCCAGAGGAAAAACAAUCGACCAUGUAUCAGAAAAUCUCUGUUUUGCAGGUUAAAAACCUCAACCAUCAGGAAUAUUAUGACUGUUCUGGGUCAUCUGACAUCUUCAAUACCCGCAGUCAGAUGGGCACAGAGCCAUACGAGGGUUCUACAGUCCUUUCUCCUAGAUUCCUGGGACGGUACUCAGACCUCCUUAGACAAAAGGGUAGGUCUUCCAUCAAAAGUAUUGCAGUCCCUAACCUGGUGGAAAAAAGGAAAAAAUUUACAGACAGGGGUCUACUGGCAUCAAGAAAAUCUGCUAGUAGUCACUACAGACCCCAGCAACCGAGACCGCUGACCUAAUAGUUCAAGGAGUUUGAGACAAUUCCAUGACAAACGCCACAUCAAACCAAAAAGAACUUACAGCAGUUCUCAAGACUCUUCUGGCACUCCAUUCAAAGAUACCUCUAGGUCAUGUAAAAAUCCUAUCAGACAACACAACUACGGUUGCCUACAUAAACAGAUAGGGGGGCACAUGAAGCAAGAUUCUUGCCGCAACUGCAAAGAAAAUUUUUCCCUGGCCAGAAAAGCAUCUGACUUCCUUGUCAGCAGUCCAUUUAAAAGGAAGCAAGAAUCUUGUGGCCGACUUUCUGAGCAGGCAGACAAUAAAAAAAGAGAAUGGGCCUUGGAUCCCGAUGUCUUCCGUCAGAUAACAGUAAGAUGGGGAGUUACAAUCCUGGACCUGUUUGCAGAUCGGGGCAACAAGAAGGUACAGAGAUUUUGUUCUCUUUCCCCAGAGGAUCAACCAGAGAUUCUGGAUGCCCUAUCUCACCCAUUGUCAAAAGGACUGCUAUACACAUUCUCCUCUUACAGCUUAAUUCCAAGAACUCUUAUGAAAGUGGCAGAGGAACAGGCACAGGUAAUCAUGAUCGUUCCUUAUUGGCCAAGAAGGGCCUGGUUUUCUCUACUUCUUAACUUGUCAGCAGGAGAUUACUGUACUCUUCCAGUGUUUCCAGGACUCUUAUUCCAGGGUCCGAUCUACCAUCCCAGAGUCCCUCAACUCAGAUUGACGGCUUGGAGAGUGAAUGCCUAGCCCUAAGAAAUAAAGGUCUCUCGGAUCCAGUAAUCUCUACUAUACUAAAAGGUAGGAAAUCAAUAACAUCUAAAAUUUACCUUAGAACUUGGAAGGCCUUCCUUGCCUUUACGGAAGGCAAAGGUUAUCGAAAUUCCCUUACAAA